AUCAGGCGAUCGCAAACAUGGAUCAAGGGGGCGUGGAUUAGCGACGAGGCCCGUUUCCAUGGGAGAUCGCGGAUUUCCGCCGCCGAGCGAGGCGGCACCGGUCGCAUUUUGGGGAGGGCACCUCCCUGGAUCCACGGAUUUGGCGACCGCGCGACAAAUCCAUGGAUCGCAAAUCCAUGCUUGCGUGCCCCCGAUUCUACCUGGGCAAGCGGGGGUCGGCGGCUCCCGAUUCUAAAGUGCAGUCCUAUUCUUGUGCCGUAUUCUCAACCUCAGGCUUGUGAGCAGAAGCAAGAGACAGGAUACAGAAAAGGUAGCGCAUACACACAGUCAUACAUGCACACAUAUGUAUAUGUAUAUAUAUACACAGAUGUCUCGCUUUCUCUCUAUCUCUCUCUCGAAAGGUUGAGAUCCUCCUGCUGUGCAGAGCAGACCGGGAGGAGUAUGAUCCAUGAGAUCCGUGUGCCGUCUGAGGUCUCAGCUCUCGACGGAGGGUGCGAUUUUCCCAACUUGCUGGGAGAGUGUGGCACCGUACAUUGCUGAAUUCAUUGGUGUUUUCGUCCUGACGCUCACGUUCGUCUACAAUUAUUCAGGAGAUCACACCGACUCGCUCUGGGGCGUCUCCGCGAACGCGUUCAUGAUGAUGUGCUUUGUCUACGCCUUUGGCCACGUGUCCGGGGCGAACUUCAAUCCGUCGGUGUGCAUUGCGCUGUGGCUCUCGGGCCGCUACCGCGCCCCAGUGGCGCUGAAGUUCUGCCUGGCUCAGAUCCUGGGUGCGGUGUGCGCCGCGGUUGUCGCGGUGCAGUCCAUCCACGGCAUCGACAUAGGCCCGAAGGAGGGGUACACGUGGGGUCACGUGCUUCUCGUGGAGUCCAUGUACAGCGGGCUCAUAUGCCUAGUGUACCUGAACUGCGCCGCCUCGAUGAAAUGCAACCCACCAGGCGAUUGGAAUGGCAUUGUGGGUCUGGCGGUGGGCUUCAGCUUCGUAGCCGGCGGCUACGCCUCCAAGCAGGUGGCCAACACUGUAUUCAAUUCCGCCAUAUCCCUGGGCAUCGCCAUCGUCGACUGCCAGGACUACGGCGUCUUCUCGUGGGACGGAUUCGCAUACUUCUUGUACGACCUGCUGGGCGCCGUGAUCGGAGCCAGCUUCUACCGGAUCCUCCGGCCCGCAGAGUCUUCCAGGUCUUUCAACCUGGGCGAGAGGGACGUGAGCGCCAUCAGCAGCACCCUGGCCAGCCAGGUGGCGGCCGAGCUCAUCGGGACGUACUACGUUGUCGUCACGAAGGCGUUGAAUCGGCUCGACGACUCCGAGAGCGCGAGUUACGAGGCAUGGUCCGUGGCAGCGGUGGUCAUGGCGCUUGCGUAUUCCUUCAAGGACAUAUCGGGCGCCUUUUUCAACCCGGCCGUCACUGUCGCCGUCUUCGCCAGCGGCAGGAGGGCCGACCUGACGCUUCGCGUCGUUUUCAUUUACAUCAGCGUGCAGGUCAUGGCCGGCAUGCUCGCCUCGUCGACCUUCGCUGCGGUGCACGGAGUCGGUAUCCAGAUCAGCUUCGGGAACACGUACACCUGGGAGGCUGCAGCGCUCUCCGAGCUGCUGUUCAGCCUCCUGAUGUCCUACACAGUCCUGUCCGCCGGCGUCGCGGUGGACGAGCUCUUGGGCGGCUGCAGGGGCUUCGCCUCGGAGCCAGACGGCGCGGCGCGGAAGUGCAGGA